CAAACACUCGUAACUCCACGAGGAACGUGACAAUGUGCACGACUUAACGUAGCAUGUACGAUGACAAUCGACAACGUAUGCCCGGUGUUAAUGCGUCGUCUCCAUAGAAAUUCAUCCCACACUCUCCGUAUCGUCUUGACGAUAUGUUGCGCAUAUUUAGGCUAUUCGUGUGUACAGGCUUUUACGUCGAACUGUUACAGUUCGAGCUGUUCCUCGUGGCAUACUAGAUGGGUUGCGCUACUCGAAGCAGAGGUACUCGAAAAGGUACUGGAAUCAUCAGCUGCUGAGAAAGACUCCUCUUGGACAACAGUUCGGUUGUGGAACGGUUAUGUGAGAUGUAGGAUGCCCAUGGCUCCAAGGAACCAAGGCAACCACGGUGAUAGCAACCACAGUGGGAGCAGUUCCCGCAACAAGCGGGUGGCCCACUUGGACAAGGACAGUGAGGAGUACCGAAAGCACAGGGAAAGGAACAAUCAGGCUGUCAAGCGUUCCCGAAAUAAGUCCAAGCAGAGAGCACAGGAGACUCAGGCAAAGGUGGCUCAGUUGAGGGCAGAAAACGAAUCUUUGAAUGCAAAGAUUAAAAUACUGAACAAGGAGCUGAGCUUCCUCAAGGACCUCUUUCUAGCACAUGCAGGAGCUACAGGUAGUCGGAACCUCGAGGGCAUCGACCUUAGCUUCCUCAACGAGGAUGCACAUGCCAUGGAAGAGUCACCCCACGUGAAGGCGGAGCAAAUGUGAACUAGGAUUCUCAACGUGGCAAUGAUGCAAUCUCUCUGGUAUUGCCAAGGACAGGCAGUAGUUACACUAUGUGGGACAUGAUGUAAUGAAAACACUGUACAUGCAGAAAGUAUGAGAGUUUCAUAUUAAUGUGAAAAAUAUUGCACAAUCAUCUCUUGCACCAUUCUGUCUUGUAUCCUCAUUUUCCAUCUAGUAUUCUGUUCUUUUCUCGCAAUGUUAGUUUUAAAUAAAAAAGAAACUCAAAAGCAACUUUAUCAGAGAUCACUGCCUUUUCAUCUCGAAACUGCUUCUUUCUUUAUACAUACCUGAAUAUCUGUUUUCUCAUACGCACUGAAUUAAUCGUAGAAUUCCGCUUCAAGCUCUAGAAAGGUGGGCAAACUUUUACUACCCUUUCCAUAGAGUUCUCUGUUCUCUCACUCCUGAGACUGGCAUUGUACUCUGGACAAGGUUGGAAAUAUGUGCUAUUUCUUGGGCGGUUAAUGCUGUGAUCGUAGGUUUAGUCAAACAAGUUGCAUUUUUGAGUGUGGUUGUGGUUCUCUUACAGCCUAUGCAUUGCUAUAUGAGAAUCUUGCUGUAUAUUUAACUGCCAUCAUGUAAAUUGAGGCUGUCUGCGCUGACUUGCAUCCGGCAUGCUUCUCUCUUGCAGACGGCUUUAUCGGCUAUUGUGAGCACACACAACAUGUUCAGACAGUAUGGCUGGCAAAAGUAUUUGGCAGUCACAAUUCGAUAUCUAUGCAACAUCAAAGUAGGUUAAGUUUUGAAUUUAUAAGCCUGAAGCAUUGUGGUCCUACAUGGUAGUGUUGGCACAUCACACAUGAGCAGCGAUGAUCCUUCCAUACAUAGUGGAGGAACUCUUGGAGAUGUCAUUUACAGCCAUUGUGAGCCACUUUGGUUUCCAGGUGAACACAUGUAGAUACGCUUGCUUUGGCGUUAUGUGCAUGCAGAGCUGGGCGAAAAUUAAUGGUGUGAGCAUGGAGAAUUCAGCCAGUGUUAUCCUAUACUGUUUACUCAAACUCCUGCUACUGUGCACAUCGUGAUAUUAUCAAGUUUGCAUUCUUAAACUGUGUUUGUUUGUUUUUGUGAUAAAGCUGAUGCAAUGCAGAAUGCUGCUCAUGCCAUUGACAUUCCUACCAUAACUCAUUCUUUGCUGUGUGCAUUUUGUAACAUUGCCAUCUAUUUGAGAGGCUGUUUUUGGUGUUCUUCCCCAAUACUCUGCUGUGUCAUGUCUUCAUUUAUUCUGGUGCAACUUUUAGCUUUUUAUCAGAAGCAUUCAAUUUUAUGAGGUGUUCCCAGAAAGCAAAAAUGGGCUUUCACCUUUUUUGGGGGAGCAACUUGUGUCAUAAACUGAGCAGUGGCAUCAGAAAAGUUACAGCCCAUUCUGUAGAGAAGAAAAGAAAAUGUGGAUAUGCACUGUACACUUAUACGUGGUUCUUCAUGCAUCUGUAUCUAUUUUUUUUUGUACAUCUGAAUAGCAGAAGGGCCUCUGUAGUGACAUUGAGGCGACAAUGGUGUGUGGUCGGCUGCAUCGUUGCUUCAUGAGAUAGGAUAUGUUGCUGGUUUAGUCUAGAACUCAUGUAAUUAUUUCGCUCUUUUCACCUGAUACAUACAGUUAUGCUUUGUAGAGUUAUUUUCUUUGGUCAACAUUAUUACUUUGCUUGAAAGAAACAUGUGAAUGACCUUUUUGUGGCGCUGUAAACACCCACUUUGGUAAUAAGCAGCACAUAUGAAAGCUUGCGGUCUGUGCAAUCAUACAUGCAAGAAAGCGCACAAUUUUUCGUGUGUCCUGUUUCUUGUAUGAGUGUGCGAAAUGUGAAACUGCAAAACUUCAUGGAAGAAUACAGGAAGUGAAUGACCAUUUGAUAUUGGACGGCAGUCAUAAAGGGUCUACAGGUGUAGCAAGUGACCUUGUGCAAACACACACACAUCAUACUGACAGAAAACGUAUUUCGUAUUUUAAAUCUCGUGUCCUGACCAAUAAAUUUAAAUAGACUUAACUUGUUGAGUUUGUGCAUGAGGUAGGAACAGGAGAGAUGUGAAACCGAUGCAACAAAUUGCAAGAGAAAUACACAUAGUCAAACGCUAAAAAGUAAAGAAUGCCAACCUUUCCCUGUCGUAUUUGAGUUGAUUUACGUGUCUGCGCUCUUCUGGUGAGAGGAGUUUCCCAAAUUCCUCUUCUUGCAGCCAAUGCCCUAGUGUAGGUCUGAUCUGCACUGCUUUCAUAGGGAACGUAGCAUAUACUUCGCAAGUUUACCAUGAUAAAAUGUCCAAUGCAAUGUGGCUCCUAGCUUGCAAGAGAGUAUGUUAGCAAUCCAGCAGAUAUUUAUUAUAUGUAAGAAAGGACCUUACACAUGUGUAAUAAAAGAUUGGCUGUGCCAAAGAAGCAAACCAGACCCAAAUGGAGAGCCCUCUGUGUAUGUGUAUUGUGAGGCUUUUAUGGGCAAUUUGGCAGAAAUGAUGUUCUUGUGGAAAUGUUUAUAGUGUCCCCACUUGUGCAUAUUCUGAAUAAACUGGAGCAGUAUUUGUACAUAACA